AAUUUGAUCGAAGCCUCGUGACGUCGUCUUUCAUGGGCUCAAUCCGCCUGCUGUCGUCACUGACCUACCUCCUCCUCCUCCUCCUCACUAUAUGCGCCAUUCUACUCUCCUGUGUCGCCCUUCUCUCCCAAGCCGUCCGGACCUCGCCAAGUCAGUCCUGGUCCGGGAACAUCAACGCCCUCAUCAUCGGCGCCAGCUACGUCGCCGUCUUCUUUACUUCCCUGUUCUUCUGCGCCAAACGCCGUAUAGCAGUUCGUCUGAGAUUGCAGAGGAUCUCGAAGAAUUAUAAGCCUAUUGGGAAGGAGGACGUGCCGAAUACCGUACACGAGUACAUCACGAGGGAAUAUCUCCGUGCGUGUCUUGUCUCGUAUGAAUCCGAGCCCAAGGAGGCGUUUCAUCCUGGCUGGGGACGACCGGGGACCAAAUAUGCUGGAGUGAGGUUUCGGAGGGCUCUGUUGGAUACCGUCGCAGAGAUGGAUGCCCUUGCACAUGUGGUAAUCCCGGCUCACCCAGUGCUUAAACCGCAUGCAAGGAUGAUACACCACUUUCGUUUCAUCGUUCCCCUGCUUGACGACCAGGUAGUGUUGCGUGUGUAUGAUUCCGCAAUCCAGCUUGCAAGGAACUCCGAAAGGGAGCCGACGGAGGAAGAGUUUGAGGUCGGUUGGGAGGCGGCAGAGGAAAUCAGACAAACAUUGGACGAGUGCAGGAUGGAGAUGAUGGAAGUCAGUAUGACCUAGCUCAAUGCAUCGGUUACUCAAUUGAAUGUCUAGGUUUUGCUAUUCACUACAGUUGACUUGGAAACGCUUCCACUCUAGUGUAAUCCUUCGGCAUACACCUUCUUCCAGCUGUCCCUAACUAUCCAUGCUCUGGCGUAUCCCCUUACAGUCU